UGUCCACGCUCGGCCUCAGUGGGCCACACGGUGCUGAUUGUGAAGAGGUUGUCAAUAGAGGGCGCCGUCGCGGAGGACGGAAUAUUAGAAAGGUGAGCGAACGAGGAGUCGGGGAAGAGAGAGCAAGCGAGUGAGCAGCCUCUUCCAAAAUUGAAAGAAAGAAAGCCAGCCAGUGAAGAGAGAAGAACAUUUCAUAAAGACAGAGCGACUACGAGCGUUUGCGUACGCCAGGCAUCCACUGCAUGGACCUGAAAUAAAACUCCCUUCCUCCCCCGCCCAGCCAGCACCAUUUUCCCCUGUCCUGCCAUACGGAGUCGCCCCCCGUCCAGCGCGGGCCAUGCUGUCUUCUCCAAGGUAAUGAGCCGAAGAGCCCUCGGGUCUCGGCUGAGCGGCGCCCACAGACUGCAGCGGAGCUGGAAUGACUGGCAGAGUAGAGGCGACAGUUUGUUGGCUGGCCAGGACAGUAUAAAACUGCGCGUGUCACGAGAUCGCGGCCCUCUUGGUUCCUACGCCUCCUCUCUUCCCAAUUCAAGCAGCACACUUUCACAACGCAAUGAAGCAGUCAGGUCCUCUGACGGAAAUGAAGAUGAAGGUGCGUUUGACGCUGAAGGAGGCCUCGGUGAAAAUGCUUUUGGUCGGAAGUCGCUGGGGCAAGAGUUGAGAAUCAAUGAUGUGACGACUGAUUCGAUAAGUUUUCAGCAUGGAAACCGUGCUUUAGCUACUAAGGAAAUGAGGAAGACACAAGGAGAUCGGGCAUUGCCUUACUCAGAUGAGUCUCGGCUGGCUAAUCUGUUGCGGAGAGUAUCCCGUGAAGAUGACAGGGACCGCAGACUGGCCACAAUGAAGCAGCUGAAAGAGUUCAUUCAGCAUUCUGAAAACAAAGUGGUUUUGGUAAAGCAGUUGGACAGCACCCUGGCUGCAAUCCAUGAUGUUUUAAAUGAAAGCAGUAAACUCCUGCAGGAGUUAAGACAGGAAGGGGCAGCCUGCCUGGGUCUGCUCUGCGCCUCUCUCAGCUAUGAGGCAGAACGAAUUUUUAAGUGGAUUUUUGCAAAGUUCAACGCUUCAGCAAAAGACGAAGUGAAGCUGCUGUACCUUGUGGCGACGUACAAGGCUUUGGAGGCUGCGGGUGAGAAGAAGGCCUUUUCUUCAGUCAUGCAGCUGGUGAUGAGCAGCCUGCAGUCUAUACUUGAAAACCUGGAUACUCCUGAGUUGCUGUGUCAGAGUGUGAAGUGCAUCCUGUUAGUGGCCCGUUGCUACCCUCACAUCUUCAGCACCAAUUUUAGGGACACAGUUGAUAUCUUGGUUGGGUGGCACAUUGAUCACACACAGAGGGCAUCAUUAACUCAACAGGUGUCUGGUUGGCUACAGAGCUUAGAGCAGUUCUGGGUGGCAGAUUUGGCUUUCUCCACAACCCUGCUAGGACAGUUUCUGGAAGACAUGGAGGCAUAUGCAGAGGAUUUAAACCAUGUGGCAUCCGGAGAGACAUUGGAUGAGGAUAUCCCACCACCCUCUGUAUCCCUGCCCAAACUGGCUGCCUUGCUGCGAGUGUUCAGCACUGUGGUGCGUAGCAUUGGGGAGAGAUUCAGCCCAGUGCGGGGGCCUCCUAUUACAGAGGUAUACGUUACUGAUGUGCUGAACAGAGUUCUGAUCUGCGUCACCACCGCCAAGCAGGUGUUCUUUUCUGAAGGCGUCCUCACAGCAGCCAACGAGUGCAUCUGUGUUCUGCUAGUGAGCAUCGAUAUGAGUGUUAGCAAGCUUGUUGACUCGGUCAUCGCGUAUGGGUUUAAUCAGCUCGAGAGCUGCCAAGCUUGUGGGCCAGAGUAUAGCAUCUCAGUUCUUAAUUUGCUGACCCUGAUUGUAGACCAGAUAAAUACAAAGUUACCUGCCUCUUUUGUGGAGAAGCUCCUUGCCCCCACUUCUCAGCUGCUUGAACUGCGAUUUCACAGGGAGAGUGAGGUGGUCUCUGCAGCACACAGUGUGUACCAAGCAGUCCUUAGUCUGAAGAACAUUCCCAUCCUGGAGGCGGCAUACAAGCUGGUACUGGGAGAGAUGGUUUGUGCACUCAACAGUCUGUCCCAGCCCCUGAGCCUGCCACCCGUCUGUACCGAUAUUCAGCAUGCUGCCUUUGGCAAUAUCCAUUUCAGUCAAGAGAGGGCAGAGUUCAUCCUGAUCUUCGAUCUCAGUGCCCUCACCACAAUUGGCAACACCAAAAACUCGCUCAUUGGGAUGUGGGCUCUGUCCCCUACUGUCUUUGCCCUGCUCAGUCAGAACCUGAUGAUUGUCCAUUCAGAACUGGCUGUGCACCACCCGGCGGUGCAGUAUGCUGUGUUAUACACACUCUACUCUCAUUGCACAAGGCACGAUCACUUCAUCUCCAGCAGCCUGAGCUCCUCCUCGCCAUCCCUUUUUGAUGGAGCUGUGAUCAGCACUGUCACCACAGCAACCAAGAAACACUUCAGCACUCUCCUUCAUCUUCUGGGGGUCCUGUUAAGCAAGGAGCAUCUUUAUCCAGAUGCCAGGAAAUUGUUGCUUACAUGGGCAAUGGAGAUGUCCACAGUGAUGAAAAAAUCUGAAACAUACGCACCUCUCUUUCUUCUCCCUUCUUUCCACAAAUUUUGCAAAGGACUGUUGGGGAAUGUACUAUAUGAAGACCCUUCAGUUUGCCUUCAAGCCUGCAGCAGCCUUCAGGUCCUCUCUGGCUCUCUUCCCACUGAGCUGCUUGAAAGGUGUGUGGAUGUGUGUCAGGUUCAGCUUGUUCAUUCUACUCUGAGAGUCCGGCAAGCUUUUGGGAAGCUCCUGAAGGCAAUUCCACUAGGUGUGGCGCUGAGCAACAGUGGACACAGGGAGAUGCAGGAGAUAGCGGGAGCGAUCCGUGGUCAUAUGAACAAAGCCCCAAGUAAUACAUUCCACCCUCAAGACUUCUCUGACCUGAUGAGCUUUAUCCUGUAUGGCAACACCCACCGCAGCGGGAAGGAGCCAUGGCUUGAGAGGCUGUUCCAUAGCUGCCAGCGACUAGAAAAGCGAGACUUUAUGCCUAUCCCCCGAACACUGAUGAAGAAUGAGGCUGUGCUGUGGCAGUGGGCUGUAUGGGAGGCGGCUCAGUUCACCGUUCUAUCCAAGCUCCGUACCCCGCUUGGACGAGCUCAGGACACUUUUCAGACUAUUGAGGGGAUGAUCCGCAGCCUGGCUGCUCACAGCCUGAAUCCAGAACAGGAUCUGACUCAGUGGAGCAAUGGCGAGAGUGAUGAAGGGCACCAUUACAACCAGUUGCGACUCGCUCUCCUGCUGCAGUUUCUUGAGAACUUGGAGAAAUUAAUGUACAACGCUUUUGAAGGCUGUGCCAAUGCCCUUACAGCACCUCCCAAGGGUAUCCGAACUUUCUUCUAUACCAACCGGCAGACGUGCCAAGACUGGCUGACUCGAAUUCGGAUGGCUUUGAUGCGAGUCGGCCUGCUUGCUGGACAGCCAGCAGUCACAGUGCGGCAUGGCUUUGAUUUAAUGAUGGAGAUGAAGAACGGAAACUCUCAGGGCACUGAUAUGGACGUUCCCAUUAUGAUGCUGGUUGAGGCCCUCUGUGAGCUGCGCUGCCCAGAAGCCAUUCAGGGCCUAGCUACCUGGAGUUCUGCCAGCCUGGGAAAAAGCAUGACUUGGAUUGGUUCUGUUGCCCUGCAGGCAGAGGGGAGGUUUGAGAAGGCCGCAGUAGAGUACCAGGAGCAGUUAUGUGCCAGCACUGCAGUGGACUGCUUUAUUAAAGGCUUUGACCGCUCCCUUCUUAAAGUGGCUAAUGCCAACAGCGGUAACACUUCCAGCCCAAAGCAUUCGGCUAAUGGUGAUGGCAGGAAGACCGUUCUACUAAAGCCCAGUGAUUGUUCCCCUGAAGUAGUGAACUAUAUGGCCAAUAAGGUAUGCGAGUGCUACAUUGCCCUAUCAGACUGGUCAUCCGUUCAGGAAUGGCAGAAUCAUGUCGGGUCCCUAAAGAAGAGUGCGAGUGGCUCUGCAAUCCACCUGAAGACUGACUUCAAUUACGUCAGGGCCUUGUCCAGCUUUGAGGCUGGCGAUUUUGCUGCCUGUCGGGAACAGCUUGAGCUCCUGCCUGGUGAAGACGCCUUCCUGCUGAGUUCUUCUUCUCGGGAGAAGCCAGAUCUAAAGAAACUGCUUCCAUCUGUGCUGAGCCCAGACCCGACAGAGCUCCAAAAAGCCAUUGAAGUCCAGUUGAUGAGAAGUGCAGUGGGCAUGGUGUCUGCCCUCGGCCAUGAGCAGGAGCAAAAAGUUACAUCCUUCAAUGAGAAUCUAGUGAAGUAUCUGAAGCAGACGGCUCGCAUCUCUCUGGGGCCUCUGAGGCUGUCUACGGUCACCCUGUUGGGGUCUCUUCCAACCGUCAACAUGCUGCAGUUACACUGCGCCAACUCCUUGGAGAGUACUCUCAACAGCCAGCUGGACUCUGAGGAUUCCCUAAUUCCUCUCUACAGUCAGGCGUUAUCCUUGUGCAAGCAGCGGGAUGCUCAGCCAUGGCUGCAUGCGUUAAGAUACACCAUCUUCCAAGGGCUGCUGGCUGCAAAACUUGCAGAUACCAAGGCUCCCAUUAGCUCCCACCUGAUGGAACUCUCUCUGACAGCAAUGAAAAUUGCCAGGAAGCAAGGCAAUGUUGCCCUAGCUACUCGCCUGCUGGCUCAGUGCAGUAAAGAACCAACAGGCCUGGGUGCAGCUGAGCAAGACCUGGUGCAUCUCUUUAAGUGUUUGUCACUACGGGGCACAGUAGGCGAGGAGUGGGGUCCCGAGCUGGAAAUCGAGAAAACAAAAUUGCUCUACACAGCAGGUCAGACAAGUGCCGCCAUGGAAAUGCUUAGCUCCUGUGCUCUGUCCUACUGUCGGGCGGGCAAGUGUGAGCUGGCAGCCUCGCGCUCCAUUCUUACACUGUGCAAGUGGCUCUUAGCGGACUGGAAGGAACUCACUCCGCAACUGAAGCAGGUGGUGAAAAAAGCCUCCUCCUCACCCGGAUGCACAAAUUUGGCUAAAAAUAUCGCUGCCAUGCUGGAGCUUGAAGCUGGAGAGCCAUCUUUUGUGAAAUUAACACCAGAAGCCACAGUUUGUGUUGGAGUAUGGGAGCCAGACUAUGUCCUUGGUCAGCUCUACAAGCUGUCUGCUGUACAGGCCCCUGAUGUUGCCAAGUCAUGGGCAUCUCUUGCCAGUUGGGCUUACAGAUGGGGUCGGAAAGUGGUAGAUAAUGCCAGUCAGGGUGAAGGUGUGGCACUACUUGCUGAAGAAAAGGAACAAGUGGAGAAGCUGCUUCCCAUUGGUACCCCUGAAAAGGAUAAGGAAGCGAUUUAUAGCAUCCUGGGGCAGGCUAUGUGUCGUCCUGCUGGUAUUCAGGAUGAAGACAUGGCCUUACAGAAUGAAGAGAGUGAUGAGGACGACAUGGUGGAUGUUAUUUGGCGGCAGCUCCUUGGCUGCUGCCCCUGGCUUUCUGAAGCAGAUGACCAGGUCACAGAAGGGCUUAUUAAAGUCUGGCGUAAAGUAGUUGAUCGUAUCUUCAGCCUUUAUAGGGUUUCAUGUCAGGCCUACUUCACCUUCCUAAAGCUCAAUGCUGGCCAGCUUCCAAUGGAUGAGGAUGACCCAAAGCUGUUGCUCUGUCAAGAGGAGGGCAGUGGCAAACAGAGCCAUGAUGAUGUGAUUGUAAUGGCCACCCUGCGCUUGCUGCGUCUGCUAGUAAAGCAUGCAGGAGAGCUGAGAGAAGGCCUGGAGCUGGGAUUGGCAUCGACUCCUACUGCACCCUGGAGAGGAAUCAUUCCACAGCUUUUCUCAAGAUUAAAUCACCCAGAAGUUUAUAUCCGCCAGAGUAUUUGUAGCCUUUUGUGUCGUGUAGCCCAGGACUCCCCUCAUCUUCUACUCUACCCUGCCAUUGUCGGUUCCAUAUCCCUUGGUGGUGAGCUGCAAGUCUCAGGUGGUAAACUGCCCUCAGCUCUGCCCACCCUACUGAGUAACAUCCAAGGAGAGGCAAUGUGUGGAGGCGAGAGUGAAGCCGGUAGUACACCCACAUCCCAGGAGAGCAGCAAAGAAGAGGAUCUGGGGCCAGGCUACAGGGAGGACCAAGCUAUGAUGCAAGACUGUUACACCAAAAUCGUAGACAAGCUGUCUUCUGCCAACCCCACGAUGGUGCAGCAGGUCCAGCUCUUGGUUGGAGAGCUCCGCCGCAUCACAUUGCUUUGGGAUGAAUUGUGGUUGGGCGUUUUGCAGCAGCAGCACAUGCACGUCUUGCGCAGGAUCCAGCAGCUUGAAGACGAAGUCAAGCGCGUUCAGAAUAACAACACCCUCCGGAAGGAGGAGAAGAUCGCCAUCAUGCGAGAGAAGCACUCGGCCCUAAUGAAGCCAGUCGUGUUUGCACUGGAGCACGUCUACAGUAUCACAUCCACGCCUGCUGAGACACCACACGAGACCUGGUUCCAAGAAAAUUACGGAGAAGCCCUCAAGAAUGCCUUGGAAAGGUUGAGAAAUCCGGCCAAUCCUGCCAACCCAGCAAGCAGCUGGUUCCCCUUCAAGCAGAUUAUGCUGAGCCUACAGCAGCGGGCGCAGAAGCGUGCCAGUUAUUUGCUGCGCCUGGAUGAGAUCAGUCCCACCCUGGCAUCUAUAUCCAGCACAGAAAUCGCUCUGCCAGGAGAAGUCUCGGCAACUGAUGCAGUCACUAUUCACACGGUGGGCAACACCAUUACCAUCCUUCCCACAAAAACCAAACCAAAGAAACUUUACUUCUUGGGGUCAGAUGGUCGAAAUUAUCCCUACCUGUUCAAAGGUCUAGAAGACUUGCACUUGGAUGAGAGAAUCAUGCAGUUCCUAUCAAUUGUGAACACUAUGUUCACAAAAGUAAAUCAGCAAGAAAGCCCCCAUUUCCACGCACGCCACUACUCGGUCACACCCCUGGGAACCCGUUCUGGACUAAUCCAGUGGGUGGACGGUGCAACUCCCCUGUUUGGACUCUAUAAGCGCUGGCAGCAGAGGGAAGCCAUUCUUCAGGCACAGAAGGCCCAGGAUUCAUUCCAGCAACCCCAGAAUCCACCUCUGGUUCCUCGGCCAAGUGAACUUUAUUACAGCAAAAUUGGCCCCGCCCUAAAGGCAGUGGGGCUUAGCCUCGAUGUUUCACGCCGUGAUUGGCCUCUCAGUGUCAUGAAGGAUGUCCUAAAGGAGCUGAUGGAAACCACACCACCAAGUCUCCUAGCCAAAGAGCUGUGGUGCUCAUGUACUUGUCCAAGCGAAUGGUGGAGAGUCACACAGUCAUAUGCCAGGUCAACUGCUGUGAUGUCCAUGGUUGGGUACAUCAUCGGACUAGGAGAUCGUCAUCUUGACAACGUACUGAUUGACAUGACAACUGGGGAAGUGGUGCACAUAGACUACAAUGUCUGCUUUGAGAAAGGGAAGAGCCUGCGAGUACCAGAGAAGGUUCCUUUUCGCAUGACACACAACAUUGAGACUGCAUUAGGAGUUACUGGUGUGGAGGGCAUUUUCCGUCUAUCAUGUGAGAAGGUCAUUCAAAUGAUGAGACGUGGGCGUGAGACCCUUUUGACUCUGUUAGAGGCCUUUGUUUAUGACCCUCUUGUGGACUGGACUGCCGGAGGUGAGGUGGGCUUUGCUGGUGCUGUUUAUGGAGGUGGCGGCCAGCAAGCAGAGAGCAAGCAGUCAAAGAGAGAGAUGGAGAGAGACAUCACCCGCAGCCUGUUCUCCUCUCGUGUGGCAGAGAUAAAGGUGAAUUGGUUCAAAAAUCGUGAAGAGAUGCUGACACUGUUGCCACAGCUGGACAGUAGCGUGGAGGAGUACCUGAGUUUGCAAGAGGAGCUUACUGAGGUGGAGAAGCUGCAGGGCAAACUCCUGGAGGAGAUGGAUUUCUUGGAGGGAGCAGAAAACCGUGCUGACCACCCAAUCCACACACUGGAGCAUAGGUAUUCUGAGCACACUCAGCUGCAGUCCAGGGAGAGGACAGUCCAAGAUGCCAUCCAACUGAAGCUCUCUGAAUUUGAGCAGUGGAUUUCCCAGUACCAGGCCGCGUUCACCAGUCUGGAGGCCACCCAGCUUGCUGGCCUUCUACAGGAAAUUAGUAGUCCAAUUGAUUUAGGUCCACCAAGCUAUGUGCCGGCCACUGCAUUCCUACAGAACGCAGGUCAAGCGCAUUUGAUCAGUCAGUGCGAGCAGUUGGAAGGUGAGGUUGGGGCCCUCUUCCAACAGAGACGCUCUUUGCUGCGUGGCUGCCUGGAGCAUCUACACAGCUAUGCCACUGUAGCGCUACUGUACCCGCGUGCUGUUUUCCUACGCCAUCGUGUAUAUUCCUGGAAGCAAUGGAUGGAAGAAUUGAUCUGUGACAUGACAGUGGAACAUUGUCAGGCAAUCUUCCGCAAGUAUGAGAUGCAGUUUGCACCCCAACCUUCUAAUGCCACCUGCCAGUUCCUAUCCAGCACAGAAGUGGCUCUGCAGCACCAAGCUGCUGAGACCAAUGCCAGAUUGAUCCGGCAAGCGGAUCGCCUGAAGGCAGAGGGUGCCAGCGUGCCAGUGUGUGAAGAGCAGCUUCAAGAAAUCGAGAGAUGCAUUGGGGUGUUCCUCCUGGAAAACGGGGAGCUGGGCUCUCUCAGUUUGGCUGGCAUUAUUGUCUCUGCUCUUUGUGCACUCACCAGGCGUAACCUGGUCAUGGAGGGUGCAGCAGCAAGUGCUGGAGAACAGCUUGUGGAGCUGACAUCACGAGAUGGAGCCUGGUUCUUGGAGGAAUUGUGCAGCAUGAGUGGGAAUGUGGCUUGUCUAAUACAGCUGCUGCAGCAAUGUCAACUGCUUUUGCAUGACCUGGAUAUCCCCAGCCCAACUGAAACCGCACAAGCAGUCUAUCUAGCUAAUGGAGUCUACACGUGCCUUCAGGAGCUCAACACUAAUUUCCGCCAGAUCAUUUUUCCGGAGGCUCUUCGCUGUAUGAUGAAGGGAGAGAGCACCCUGGAGAACAUGCUGACUGAGCUCGAUGCUCUGAUUGAGCAGAAUGCCGACGGGGUGUCUCUGCAGGGAUUGGUAGAAGCCCUCCAGGCUUACCUUCGAAAUGCAGUCAUGGGAUUAGAUGAGGAGACAGAUGCCCACUAUCUUGACGUCACCAGACUGCUGCGUGCUCAGUAUUCUGAGCUUAUUCAGCCUCGUACACUAGAAGGUUCCAUGCAGGACCCCCCUAAGAUGAGCGCUGGUCAGAUGCUGCUUGUUGCCUUUGACGGGAUGUUUGCUCAACUUGAGAGUGCUUUCAGCCUUCUGACUGAAAAGCUGAAUAAGAUGGAGGUGCCCCCUGCCUGGAGGAAGAUCGAUGUGAUUCGAGAGGCUCGGGCUGCGCAAGUGAACUUCUUCGACAGCAUUCGUCACCGGCAAGUUCUUGAGGAGAUCUUUUUCCUCAAAAGACUUCAGACCAUCCGCGAGUUCUUCAGGCUUUGUGGCUCCUUCGCGCAGACCCUCUCGGGGACUUGUUCUUCCAUCAGUGACGAGACCAGCUCCCAGAAUGGUCCUGUGUCGAUGAUUCCAGUGAAGGCUUUAUUCAGAAACUCUGUGGCUAGUGAAGAACAGAUGGCCAGGCCUAUUAAGGCCUUCACAGCAGAUUUUGUCAGGCAGUUGCUGAUGGGUUUGCCCACUCAAGCUCUGGGCUUAGCCCUCUGCAGUGCUCUGAGUGCGUUAGGCAUGGACUUAAUUGCCCAGGUGGAAGCGAAAGACUUUGGGGCAGAGGGAAAAGUGUCAUUAGAUGAACUCUGCAAAAAAGCAGUGGAACAAGGUGUGCAGACGGGCCGAAUGUCCCAGCUUCUUCUGAACAGGGCCACCGUGCUGGCUAGCUCUUACGACACAGCCUGGAAGAAGCUAGAUCUCGUGCGCCGCCUGGAAACCAGUAUCGAAGCUUGUCGAGUGAGCCUGCAGAGGGCACAGCUGCACAUCACCAUGUUCCAGUGGCAGCAUGAAGAUGUUCUUGGCACUCGGAAUCAGCCAUUGUCAGUGAGCCCCCCACCACGCUCUGUCAUUUUGACCAACCUGAAGAAGAAAAUGCAGGCAUUAAAUCAGGUGGAGGUGUCCAUCAGCAGUAUGCAGGACAAGCUGGCAUCACUAGAGGGCAGUAUUGAGCAACGUCUGAAAUGGGCCGGUGGAGCAAAUCCAGCCCUUGCCCCCGUGCUACAGGACUUUGAGGCAACCAUCAGUGAGAGGAGAGCCCUGGUCAUGAAGGAAAGCCAGCGCGCCAGCCAAGUGACCUUCCUGUGCAGCACCAUCUUAAACCUGGAGAGCUUGCGGACACGCACCUCUGAAGCUCAUAAUUUGGACGGAACCAUGUUUGAUCUCCUGAAGCGUUGCCAGGCCACCUGCUCCUUCGCUUCUCAGUUCAAUACGUCUGUUUCUGCACUGGAGCUGCGUCUUCUUUGCAGGCUGACUCCUGUGUUGGAGCCGCCAAUUGGUAGUCCUGAAUGGCUGGCUUCUGCACAAAAAAAGCUAACCCAGGAGAUGUCGACCCAGAGAUCUUUGCAAGCGGAGCGUGAGCAGCAGCUAGAACACGUUUCAGAAAGGUUACAGGAGCUGGUGGAUGCAGUCAAGGGGACCCUUUCCUGCCACAACCGUCUACUGGGUGAUGUCAAACACCUGCUAAGGGCCAUGACCAAGGAUGAGGAGAGCGCCCUGGCAGAAGGAGAAGAUGUCCCUUAUGAGGGCAGCGUACGCCAGUUCCUGUCGGAGUACAAGGCAUGGCAAGAUAAUGUGCAGAUUGUGCUUUUUACCGUGGUGCAGUCCACUGGCCAGCUGCGCAGCCAAGAGCAGGUGGAGCUGCUGCAAGAAAUCCCACCGACUCUAAAAGAGCUCAAGUCCCAGAGCCACAGGAUCUAUAAUGGGCUGGUCGGCUUUGCAUCUCCACUUGUUACAGAGAGAGCAGGGGAAUGCAGCAGCCCUACAUCCUUGGGGUUGCAGACCAGUUUUGCUGCAGCGGUGCGCUGCAAUGCACAAAAGACCCAGACGGACAACAUGUCUCAGAACUCCCGCAAGCUGCUCCCACGUAAUGUGGGGACCUCGGCAGACACUCCUCCGAGCACCCUGGCUCUUACCAGCAAAGGACUGGCCCCUAGCCCUAAGAGGGCAGUGCGGGACCCCAAAACGGGUAGAGCUGUCCAGGAAAGGAACUCUUAUGCAGUGAGUGUGUGGAAACGAGUGAAAGCGAAGCUGGAGGGGAGAGAUGUGGAUCCUAACAGACGGAUGAGUGUGGCUGAGCAGGUAGGUGACGGGGACUCCUUAAUCUAGUGGAUUUUGGUCAUUAAGGAGGCUACCAAUCUGGAUAACUUGGCUCAGCUGUAUGAAGGCUGGACAGCAUGGGUGUGAAUGGAAACUGACAGAUCUCUCUGGUCCAGCGAGGGCAGAAAAUCCAGCAGAAUCCACUCAGUCUGAGGCACACGAGCCACAGAAGCAGCAGAGAGCGCAGCGUGGAGGGGGCAAGCGAUCCUCCUCCUUUGGGGGGAAAGGGGUGACACCCACACUGGAUCCCAUAAGCACGGCUGCACCCGGCGAUCCGGCUAACACAACGACUGGAUCUGCACCCCACUCCUUAAAGGGGCGUGGGAGUGUGCUAAGGUGGGGGGUAAACACAGGCUCCAGCCUGAACAACACCCCCUACAAAUAAAUAAAAAAAAAAAAAAAAAAAAAAAAAGGAAAUAAAAAUCAAGUCUCCUCUGAACUCCAAGAAUGGGCCGAAGGGUUCAGUUGCAGAGAUUUUGCAGAAACGGGGGAUUUCACACGAGCCCUCUCUUGUUUUACCCUCCCACUCUUUUGAGUCGCAGAAAAAAAUGGGGGUCUCGGCAUCCAUCGGGAACCUUGCACGCUUCCUAGAAACGGCACCGGGGGAACAGUGUAAAGGGACGGAAACCAAACGCAAGAGAAGGACGCCUUCUUUUGGAGUCUCUGGCCUUGGCGGGAAGUGAAAAGGUUGGGCAGAAAAUUUGGAGACUGCGGGACUCAACUAUAUGGGGGUGUUGGGGAGGAAGAAAGGGGGGGGGGGGGUUUGAGCUUUGGCAGGUGACAACUGCGCAGAGAUAUUGCGGCGCAGCCCACAAACUGGCAUUGGUGUGGUGCGUUCAUCUUUAACCUUUUUUUGUUUUUUUCUCAUGAUUUUAAUUUUUUCCGCCUUCAAUUUUCUCAAAAGGGAGUUAGACGUUCUGUUCUUUUUUU